CUGCGAUCCGCCGUGCAGAAGGAGGAGGGUGGCAUUGCCCGCAUGGGUGAGGGCUUGACUGCUCUAUACAAGCGCAGGCUGGAUUCCACGGUGCGCAUUGCCACCAUCCGGUCUUUGCUGGAGGAUGGAGGCGGGGUCAACUCUCUGCUGGCGACCGGAGCCACUGUCCAGUGGCGGCAAAAGAUGUGCAGUUUGCUGGGGGGCAUCGCAACACCAGCUAGCACGGCUCAGGCUGGCGGGAGCUCCAACAGCUCGGGAACCUGCGUGGAGAGCAAGCAGCGUGGGGAAGGCGGUGUGCGGGGUCGAAAGAGGAAGUGCAUGGCAUAGGGGGAGGUGGCAUGUACAAUGCAUGGGAGGCAGGAGUCAUGGUAGGUCAGGCUAGGUUAGACAGGGUAGGCUAGGUUGGGUUAGGCUAGGCUAUAGGUAGGGCAACUAGGACCUCGAAUUUGCAUUUUUGCAGGGAGUGUUACUUGUGUGUGCCGGGCCAAACAUGGUGACUUGUGCAUGCUGUGGUGCCGAAUGUAUUGUGUGCCAGUAUCGUGUCACCACGGCCGCUUACAGCGGGUCCGCCGGCAUGGCUUAGGCUUUAAAAUGCUUUAUUAGACCGCGUGCAGAGCUCGCGGGUGCACUGUUGGCGUGCGUAGGUGCGUGUGUGUGCAGGACCAAACAUGACUUGACUUGUGCAUGCUGGGCCUAAGGUACUUUGUAUCAUGCCAGUCUCGUGGCACCACGGCAUGCAGACACGUAGGUAUAGAGCAGUAUGUAUUGUAGGGUUACGCUAUGGUUAGGUAGGCCUGUCCGUGCAGUGUAUGUUAACUUAAAUAUUGGCAAAAUAUUGGCCAUGCUGGCAUGAGGGGCCGGUUUCUUCGUAUGAGAGUCGUGUGGUGAUGUGGUGGCGGAACGUGAAGUGACCUGCCAUUGGGUGACGGGUCCUUCCGUGCUUUUCCCAGAGCACACUUUGGAUGAGUUGUGUAUGUAAGGUACCACCUGUCCAUGCCGCAUGGUACUAAAUUUGCGUAAACCUGUCAGAACAAUUUCAUAAGGACUCCUGUAGCACGUCGUAUACCUGCAUUACACCUGUUCUCGGCUGGGGAUACUCCGUAUUAUGGGCCAGUGCCAGGAUACGGACGGGUGUCCCAAUUUUACGAAUCGUGCCAGAUGGAAUACGGAAAACAGGGAGUCAGAGUGCGUGUGUGCACAUGUGUGCACUUUAGGUGGGGCGUGGAUUUUAACACAAUAUAGGACUUAAAUACACCCAGUGAGAGGGUUAGGUGCAUGUCUGUGUGAACACCAUUCGUAAAGCCCACAUGGCCUAGAAUACGAAUGGUUUGGCCUAGAUUACGAAUUCUCCCCAAAAUACGAACGC